AUGCCGCCCGAGGUCCACAGUGCCGAGGGUGACGAAAAUGGGCUCAGCGGACUGACGACGAGCCGUGUCUUGUCCAACCCAUGCUGCCACGCUGCCUAUCACUGGGCAUUGACAGAAGCGCCGCCGCACUCGUGCACACCUGUCUCGAGGUCCUACGUAGUAGACGCGAUACAACACCACACCACACCAUCCGCAUCCACCACACCCGACCUUUGCUUGAAGAGCCUCAGAAUCGCCCUCGCUCUCGCCUACGCCUACGCCCGUCCAGUCCCUGGUCACCGGCCCCCCGGUGCCGUCUCUGGCGGCACAAGAGUUUUCACAGGGCCGCUCCCCGAAACUGCAUCUAUUUCCGCCGCCGAAGCGGCUACAUGCUCGUGGCUGCGGCUCUCCGUUGACUUGACACAGACCAGAAAUGCUCCACGAAAGGCGGGUGCCAGUGGAUGCGAUGCGACUUCCUGCUUCGGCUUUGAGGCCAUCACCGGGGAAUCGCUGUUCGUCGGGCGGCGGCCGGCGUCAGGCGUCGUGACUCGAGUGGCCGCGGCCACAGCCGCAGUAGCCGCAUCCCGGAGUGUGGCUGCUGUCUUGGCCCCCUUUGGCCUUUUCACGUCCUAA